AAAACUUCAAUCCAACGGACAAUUUUUUUUGUCUUUUCCUUCCGUGGCUUCAAACCCAGUCUUCGGUGGGCGUCCUCACCUCAGAGUCUGCUGCUAAGACGAGUAUUGUGAAUCCCGUCAUCCGUCGUUCCGGCGUUUCCUUGCCAGGCAACGGCACCUUUUCAGGUGGGCUAAUAUCUGGUGCAGGAGCUGGAACGUCGAUUUCAUCUCCUAUCUGAAAUUCAGAUUUGAAUCCAAAAUCCAGAUCUCCGGUGGACCAGCGGCGAGCUUUCAGAUCUUUACUCUCCUCUAUCUUUCCACACUGGAAGAUGCGACGCCGCUGGAUCUGUCUCUGCCAUUAGAAGGUAGCCGUCUCACGCCGUUCGUCCAGGCUCGUCGCAGCUGCUAGCCACCAUCGUUGCUCGCCGUACAUUUCGGCUUUUUGCUGCUAGAAGCAGAGGAUAGAGACAGCCCAAAUGUGUUGUUACCUCGGCGGCUACUGAAACGGAGAAGUCCGGAUCUGCCACACAAAAUAAGAUGGUAGUCACAUAGUGUGGUCUGCGCCAGCCAGUAAGAAUACUAGUAUUCUCAUCUCUGUAUCCAAAGAUAUCAAGUUCAUCAUGAAUAUAGAGUCCAAAUUGCCUGUGGCUGAAAAAGGAGAACAAGCCAACAUCAAUGCAUUUCGUAACUUUAAUGCUUCUGAGCAGAUAGAUUGCUUCAGUAAUAUGGCCACAGAACUAUCUGCAUCAAAUAAUCAUGCUGUAAGUAGUAUACCUGAUGUACUCCACUUGACGGUUGGAUGUGCAGACAUCCCAGCGUACAAGAUCUCAGAGUUGAUGAAGCUAAAGAGUUUGGAGAGUUCCUCUACCCGGUCAUUAUUCAGUGCUGUGAAUUACAUUCUAGAUGAAAACAUAGAGAGAAAGAAUGGAGAUAUUCCUCAGUCUGCAACAUCGCUGCUAAAGCUAGUUCUGCAAGAAAUUGAGCUUCGGUUUUCAAAACAAUCAGAAAAUUUGAAAAAGCAAAAUAGCCUCUACAAGUCUCACGAACUAAAGCAUCAAUUAAGAGAAAGGGUUUUAGAGACCCUUAGAACAGGAACUGCCGAAGAACACGAGAUUGCGAAGGUUGAUUUUGAGGAGAAGGACAAACGUAGACAGCAAGAAAUCAGUGAUUUUAAGAAAGAUAAAGAUAAUUAUGAGAUGAAGAUUUCUUCAUUAAACCAUGAUUUGGAGUUAACCAAAAAGAAACAUGAAGAGAAAUGCUUGCAGCUAGAAUCACAAACAGAUAAAACUAGAAUUGAGUUAGGGAAGAAGAUUAUGGAACUUGAGUGUCUUCUAAGUGAUUCAAGGAAGAAGGUGGAAGAGCUUGAAGCCUUUUCAGAAUCAAAGUUUCUGACAUGGCAAAAGAAAGAAUAUGGCUAUAAAGUCUUUAUAGAAUCUCAGUUUAGAUCUUUACAGGCACUGAGAAUGGCAUCUGAGUCCUUGAAGCAGGAAGUUUUGCAGACCAAGAAGAUCUAUGCUGAAGAACUAAACCGCUUUGGACUAGAUCUCAACGGGUUAAUAGAAGCUGCUCAGAAUUACCAUACAGUGCUUGACGAGAAUAGAAGACUAUACAAUGAGGUGCAAGACUUGAAAGGGAACAUCAGAGUAUACUGCCGAAUACGGCCAUUCUUGCCAAACCAAAGCCAGAUAAGAACAACUAUGGACUACAUUGGUGAUAAUGGAGAACUGGUUGUUGUGAAUCCUUUGAAGCAAGGAAAAGACAGCCACCGUGUCUUCAAAUUCAACAAAGUCUUUUCUCCUACUGCUACUCAAGAGGAUGUAUUUCGAGACACCCAACCUUUAAUCAGAUCUGUUCUUGAUGGGUACAAUGUAUGCAUCUUUGCCUAUGGCCAGACUGGUUCUGGGAAAACAUAUACUAUGAGUGGACCCAACAUGUCAUCUAUGGAGGAUUGGGGUGUGAACUACCGAGCUCUGAAUGAUCUAUUCCUCAUUUCUCAAAGCAGGAAAAGCUCUAUAGCAUAUGAAGUUGGUGUUCAAAUGGUUGAGAUAUAUAAUGAACAAGUUCGUGACUUGCUCUGCACCGAAAGUACCCAGAAAAGGCUUGGGAUCUGGAAUACUACCCAACCAAAUGGGUUAGCUGUCCCUGAUGCUAGCAUGCAUCCUGUUAAAUCAACAACAGAUGUUUUAGAGUUGAUGAAAAUUGGUUUAAUGAAUAGAGCUGUUGGUGCUACUGCUCUCAACGAAAGAAGCAGUCGGUCCCACAGUGUACUUACUGUUCAUGUACGUGGGAUGGAUUUGGAGACAGAUGGGGUUUUACGUGGUUGUCUACAUUUGGUAGAUCUUGCUGGUAGUGAAAGAAUCGAUAGAUCCGAGGCCACAGGGGAUAGAUUACGGGAAGCACAACACAUAAACAAAUCUUUAUCUGCAUUGGGGGAUGUGAUAUUCGCUCUAGCACAUAAAAGUUCUCAUGUACCAUACAGAAAUAGUAAACUGACACAAGUUCUUCAAAGCUCUUUAGGUGGCCAUGCAAAGACACUCAUGUUUGUUCAGUUAAAUCCUGACGCGGAGUCUUAUUCUGAAACUAUAAGUACUCUAAAGUUUGCUGAACGUGUAUCUGGAGUUGAGCUAGGAGCGGCAAGGAGUAACAAGGAGGGAAGAGGUGUAAAAGAGCUCAUGGAUCAGGUGGCUUUUCUAAAGAGCACAAUUGCAAAGAAAGAUGAGGAAAUAGGACGGUUGAGGAUACGAAGAACCAAUACUGCAAAUGAUGAGAGGCGUGGUCUUAAUGCACGAAGGAACGGGCCGCCAUCUCCAGGACGUCAUUCUCUAGGGGGGGUCCUACAAAGCCGCAAAGGAGAGCGAAGUUCUAGACUUUCUGAGAAAGCUGCUUCGGAAAAUAGUUCAGAGUAUAACAGUGAUAGGCUUUCUGAAGCUGGUUCUCAGCGGUCAAUGGAUGAGUUUAGGCAUCACAGUGGAUUCCUUCAAGAAUCAAGGUCAGGUAUGGUGAUUGCGGGUCCAGACUUUGGGGAAGAAGAUGAUGAUAAGGAGCUCAUAGGAUUUGCUGACGGAGAUUCUGAAGAAAGAUUGAGUGAUAUUUCUGAUAGUGUUCUUUCUAUGGGAACAGAAGCGGAUUCCAUCAAUAGUAUUAUAGAGCACUCGUUUUUAUCUGGAGUUUCUAAUACUCCUUCGGAAGUAGCUGACAAGCCCAGUAUUCCAACGAAACCCACAAGAUUGCCGGAAAAGCAGACCUCAAAGUCGGCGGCGCGGCUGUCUCAAUUGUCAUCGAGCAAAACUGCCUCUAAAGUUUCAAGUUCAAAAAAGACGAUUACAGGAAGCUCUUCUACAACUAAACUUUCCAAAAGAUGGCAGUAAUUUCCUAAAAAACGCACUCCUGCUUGUAAAAACGAGGGUCUCUGGUCUCUGCUUGUUCUGGAUCUAUAAUAUUGCUUUUAGGUCUUGUGGAAAGGACCGAAAAUCUGCACUCUGUAACAAGAUUCAGGGGAAAUUAUUCUUCAGGAUAAUUUAAUUAAACCCAACACCAUUUUUUCAAGAUCUGGAGGAAAGUCUGAAGGAAACAAAUGAAAUCAGGACUUAUCCUUAGGGUGUAGGUGGAAAUUACUGUGCAUAUUUAACUUUGGAAACUACGUAGUAUUUUAUAUAGGGAUAUAAUGUCACACAAUAUGUCUGUCAUAUUUUCCUGAGUACUACAAAACUUGAAAAAAGACCUGCAUCAAAAGAAUAAGUUAUAAGGUGAAGAAGAAUUCGAUAAUAGUAUGAUGAUCUAGUAUUCUAGUUAUAGUAGAGAUUGUCCUGCCAUGUUUCAAAUGUCCUGUAACCCAUAGCAUAUUGUUUGGAUUUCAAAGUAAAUCAAAACAAUUACAAAACAUUCACAGGAAAAAGUAAACAGUUUGGUACUUUGGUUGUCGUCUUAGCAUUUAUAGUAUCAUUAAAAAUUGAUUUUGACAGAUUUUUUGGCCCUGCUGCGUUGAAUGCUUUAUUGUAGGUCUGAAUUAAGUCGUAAUUUCAAAGAAAUGAUGAGGAAAUCAUAGUCAUCAGGUAUCUAAUGAGUAAUGAUUAAGAGAGUAAGGAAUGGCUCGAAAAUCCCCGAAGGCCGACAAGGCGACAAUUGAAAACCUAACAUUGAGAAAUGUAAUUAUUUGUCAUAAGUCAAAGAAAUGAUGAAGAAAUUUCAGUGAUUAUGUGAUUAAUGAUUAAAGUAAGGGCCUGUUCGGUAACAGUUGCAACGGCGGAAUGUGCUGAAGUGAAAGUGUUUGGUAAUAUGUUGGCUGACUGAUUGAGUGUAAAAUUACUGUAAAAGGUAUUAGCUUAUUUUGUGUUAAAAGUAUAUGGGUGUAAACUUUGCUAGUAAAUUCUUUCAAAAAAAAC